AUGGAAAGCAGCAGGGAGAAGAAGAAAAAGCCUGCCAACAACGGGAUUUUACAUCGAGCGGUGGCAGAGUAUGUUCGUCUGCUUCAGGAUAGACCUAUCAUCACCAAAGCAGCAACCAAUGCCAUAAUAUCCGGUAUUGGAAACAUCAUAUCACAGCUAGUGGCCCCUGAUCCAGCAACAGGGGGAAGAAUCAACUGGAGAAGUGUCCUUGCUUAUUCAUCUUUUGGAUUUCUCGUCAAUGGACCCUUGGUGCAUCAUUUUUACGCUUUCCUGGAGAAGGCUGUCCCAAAAAGCACACCAAAUGCAACAUUAAAAAGAGUCCUUAUUGACCGACUUUUAUUCGCUCCUCCAUUCCUGUUGCUGUUCUUAUAUUAUGUUUCUUUAGUUGAGGGGGCUGGCAACAAGGGAGCAGUCAGGAAGAUAACAGACACCUACUGGCUGAUUCUCAAGUUAAACUGGACUGCCUGGACAUUUGUCCAAUACAUCAACAUCAACCAUGUCCCGCUGAAGUACCGCACUGUGUUUGGGAACCUGUGCUCGUUGAUUUGGAUGAUGUUUAUCUCCAUCAAACGCAGACAGACAAGUCAGUAA